AUGGCGCAAGGAAAGGGGAAAAUUAAGAAGGCCACAGCGACCAAGAAACACCAGAAAAAGGCUCUUGGUCCUAAGAAGGGAGGUAAGUUUAAAAUAUUUGUGGCAUGAACGAAGAUAGAGUACUAAUUUGAAAGUGUUGUGACGGAAGUAACACUAUCGAACGUCUGUAACUGCUACGCUGUUGUUGUGCGCGCUUUUCAAAUCAAGAAAAAAUAAAGUUGAUUUAUUUGUGUACUUUAUUUAAAGAAAAUAUUUAGAAUGAUAUCAAAGGCUGUUCUUAGAGGAACUUUCAUGUCUUUUGAUCACACCCUUAACAUAUAUCUUUUUGAGAACACAUUUCAGGUUUUUGCGUCGCAUGCAGAAUAGAAUUCGAACAAAAUCUCAGAUACGUUAUUCAGUUUUUCUUUUGAUUUGUCAGCAAGAACUAUUGCUCCCAAGAAGAAGACGACUGUCAAAGCGGCGAAAGUAAAGAAGGUAAUUUUUUAAACUGGUUCUUGUGUAGGUUAUAUUAUUCACCGACAUUUUAUACAUUCAACUCUUUCUUUUGCUGUAGUGUAAUUACUAUUGAGCACACACCCAGCUUUAUAUGACGCUCAUUGCCGAGUUUAUCGGAUUGAGAGCUUGUUGAUUUUUCUUCUGAUAAAUUCGUUAUUUUAUCCGUGUAAGAACUGGCGUAUUUGUCACAAAAUCGAAUCCACGAUGUUUUGUGAUGUUAAAAUUACAUUUACUUUGCCUGAUAUAAAUAUAAUGAAGAUUUUUUUUGAAACGAAGAAAACGCGUUUUUCUUGCUUAUAAAAAUUUAAUAAUUACAGCCCGUUAAGAAACCUCAAUUCAAAAGCAAAAUUUAGGUAUGUUUAGCGACAAAAUUUCUUAUCUGCACGCUUUUUGGCAACGAAAAAUCUACGCAAUCAUAAUCACAAACGAUAAAUAUCUGUGGAACCUAAAACCAUCAAACUUUUGUUAAUUUAAAAUACUGUGAAGAACCUCAACCAGUUCUUGAAUUUGUGGAGUUGUUGAUUGCAUUGGAUGCGGCGUGGCUACCCGUGCAAUAGCAUUGUUGUUAAUGUCAGAUGUAGAGUGGUAGUUGUAAUGAAGUGCUGUGAAAUUUUAAAUUAUUGUAAUGGAAGUAAGAAAAAAGUGAUCCAGAUCCUAAACCACUUGAGAAUCCUUUUGUUUUAAACAAACUUCCUUUAAGUAAACAGUUCACUUGAGCAUAUUUUCCUCUGGUGGCAAGGAUGUCUGCAUAUAGGGGUUUCUGAUAUGAAUAUGUUUUUCUUUUUAACUGCAUACCAUAGCAAGGGCUGCAUUGUGGCUUCAAUAAACAGUCCACGUGGCACUGAAAUAGGGCUAACGCUUGAAACAUCAGCUUAGAAAAUCUUUACAGUGGCCAAUUUACAUUCUCAACUCAGUUGAUAAAACCAAAUUAUCUUGUUGUACUCCCCCACUGAUGCAGCAUCAUUGUUUCUUUAAAAACUUACCCCCUUUAUUCCCAUGGCCUAUGCUUUAAUCGUGUUGUACAGUGAGAAUUUUAUUUUACACUGAAAAAUUUCAUGGUCUGUAAUCACUUGUAGGGAAAGAGUUGGUUUGAAGUGUAUGAAGAAGUAGCCAGGAACCUUAAUUCCAAAAAUGGUUCAUCUAGGUGUUAAGGCCCAUUUUCAUUAGCAAUGUAGUCAGUGUUUGGAAAAAAAACAGGGGGCUGUGGAGACCUGGCUUGACUUAAUCAGGGCAUGGAAUUGCACCUAACACAAGCGCUAAUGUGACUAAAUUUUUCACUUUGGCAACCAAAUCCUGAAAAUAAGAUUUAGGUGAGCUUGAAUGUUGCAUAUCAUCCAUCAUAGUGUCAACUUUGUAGCAUGUUAAAGAUCUUUUCCCUAACUUAAUUUUGGAGGGUCUAUCUAGAACACUGACAGCAUAAAACUAGAGAAGCUUAGGAUUAUGAAACAAAUUCUCCUUGUCAGCACCUUAGAGAUUAUAUAAAGAACAGUAAGGAGAAAGUGCAUACUGUUGUUAUGUUGGAAAUGGUUAAAUGAUUCUGAACCCUUUCACUCCCAGGAGUGACCAAGACAGAAUUUCUCCUUACAAUAAGUAUACAAUAUGAAGCAGCCAAGUGAUGAGAGUAGUAAAAGAUAUUCACUAGGAGAAUACUAUUGAAUCCAAACACCAGAUUCUCUGAACAAACUUAGUAAGAAAAGUAUGACAGCUAGUUAUGAGGAUUUUCUUUGAGUUAUGGAGAAGGAAAGGUUAAACCACAGGGAGGUCUCACCAGGUGAACUUAUCAACCUUCAGUUCUGUGGUUGUUUUGUGUUAGCCUUUUUGAAAACCACUCCAGUACAAGGUUUGCAACAAGUUUCACAGAGGGUCUGGAGAUAAGAGUUUUUCAGAACUUUGCUUAGAUGAUAGAAAAGGAAGAGGACUUUUGCGAUUGUCGGCAAGUGAUUGCAGUCUACUUUACUUUUGUAUUGGCUGCUAAUACCAGACCCUUUAGCAGUUCAUCCCAGACCUCCUAUAUGUGGUUGUUUCCAAAUAGGCCAUCCUCCCAAAAAUUCAGAACUCAUGAGAAGGUCAGUUUUCAUUCACAUAGAUGAUCUGUAAUAAGUCUCUAAGAAAGAUUUUAUCUCACAUUUAAAUUACCAGGCUCUUGAGGUAACCAUCAAAGCAAAUAUUGAGCAAGAGCUCACCCAAGUGGCAGUCAGCAAGCAGUCCAAGCCAUUGAAGAUGGUGAAACCUGCAGCAGGAAAAAAACCAGCCAAGAAGAAGGGUGGAGGAAAAAAACAGAAAUAAACUCACUGUUUAAAGAUUUGCUGCUGUACAUACAUACUAUCUAUACUAUUGGAAUGCAUUAUAAAGUACUGCUCUCUUUUUCGUGCCUUAUUUUAUAUCAAUAAGUUGAAUUUUGCAUCAGACUACACCUUUAUAUAGGAUAGCUUAUUGUAUUAAUCUUACUGUAAUUAGCCAAAUCAGACAUUGUAGGGGUGAAUCUCCUUAUGUUGUGUUCAGAUGUUUUCAUUUUUUUAGUUAAUUAAACAUAUUAUAGUAAUCGUAACAUUAUGAGUAUUCCAGCUAUUUGUCUAAUUUAUUGUAUCUUUUAUCAAACAAACUUAUGAAGUUGGUAGCACUCCGCCAUCCAGAAUUUGCUAGCAAACCAUGUCAUUACUCUUCAAGAAAUCUUUGUCCACUUGCUUCGAAAACUAGUGAGAAAGCCCUUGAUGACUUUCUAGGUGGGACUUUAUUCAAUUCAACAUAGCUGAUAUUAUUCUUGUAUAAGUUAUCACUAAAGUUGAGUUCAAUAGCUUCAUUUUUAUUUGUAUCUUCCCAUCCGUCAGGGUAAUUUUGGUUAAUUGAUACCAUAUUUACCUGACUGUGUAAACUCCUCCCUUGAUUAUGUGCCCCGUAUGGAAGGAAAUUACCAUUGGAUACGCCCCCCUCUCUACAUCAACUAAAGGCCGAAUCCAACCAGAAGAAUGCAAGGGGUUUCAGUCUGAAGGAUUAUAG